UGACCUCACCGUCCAACAUGGCGGCGGCGGUAGAUUAGGUUCGCGGGUCGAAGCAGCCACUGUCGCUCCUGCACCCUGUGGGAAGCCCCUGCUGCCGCCGCCGCCGCCGCCGCCGCCGUCUCCUUCGUCCCUUGUGGGGCAGGGCUGGAGCCAGAUUUNCAGCAUCCCGAAUAGACCUCCUUGGAGCUCCUUCAGCCAAUUCAAUGGCGUCCUCUACGACUGUGCCUCUAGGAUUUCACUAUGAAACAAAGUACGUUGUUCUCAGCUACUUGGGACUUCUUUCUCAGGAGAAACAACAAGGUCCCUCACCCCCAGGAGUUCAACUAGAUGUGGCUCCCCAGUCUCUGAAUCCAGAAGUUUUAUUAAAACUUAAAUCUGAGAUUGAGGAAGAACUGAAAUCCCUGGACACAGAAGUCUCUGAAGCCUUCACCAGCACAGGCUUUGACUGUCACACCUCGCCUGUGUUUAGCCCUGCUAACCCCGAGAGCUCCAUAGAAGACUGCUUGGCCCAUCUUGGAGAAAGAGUGUCACAAGACCUGAAGGAGCCUUUGCAGAAAGCAUUGCAGACGAUCCUCAGCCAGCCAGUGACAUAUGAGGCAUAUCGUGAAUGCACAGUGGAGACUGCAGUCCAUGCCAGCGGAUGGAAUAAGCUUUUGGUGCCUCUAGUUUUGCUACAACACCUGCUUUUGGAAUUGACGCGCCGUGGUCAAGAGCCUUUGCGUAUGCUGCUCCAGUUCGGUGUGAUGUACCUGGAGGAGCACGCCUCAGAGUUCAUCAUUCAGCAAGGUGGCUGGGGCACUGUCUUUAGUCUCGAGCCUGAGGAGGAGGAAUACCCGGGGAUCAUUGCAGAAGAUAGCAAUGACAUUUAUAUACUGCCCAGCGACAACUCCGGACAAGUCAGUCCCCCUGAGUCCCCGACAGUGACAACAUCCUGGCAGUCGGAAAGCCUUCCCGUCUCACUGUCUGCUAGCCAGAGUUGGCACACAGAAAGCCUCCCAGUGUCNCUNGGGCCCGAGUCCUGGCAGCAGAUUGCAAUGGACCCUGAAGAAGUGAAGAGCUUAGACAGCAGCGGGGCUGGGGAGAAGAGUGAGAACAACUCGUCCAACUCUGACAUCGUGCACGUGGAGAAGGAGGAGGUGCCCGAGGAGGCCUUCCCAGGAGCGGCUGCUCCCUUGCUCGCACAGCUCCCUACCGUGGAGGCCCCAGAAAUGAUGAGAGUUGAGAAAACCAGCCCCACUCCAUCUGUGUUUGUGGAGCUUGGUGAGGAGGAGCUGGAAGNAGUAACAGCGAGACCCGAGGCUGUGGAGAGGGCGAAGGGGGCCGCUCAGCUGAGUGAGGAGAGAGCCAGGAGCAGGAAAAAGAGCCAUGCUGGGGAGGCCGCCGCUGUCAGCGGGGCAAAGAGUGGCCUGCCCNCCGAGGGCAAGGCCGUACUGCUCUUUGGAGGGGCUGCUGCGGUGGCCAUCCUGGCAGUGGCCGUUGGAGUUGCACUGGCUUUAAGAAGAAAGUAACAGUCUUUUCAGAUGAGAGACAAGACAGAAAGACCUACGGCUUUAGCGGUAUUCACUGGAACUUAGACUGCCAGCAGCUGACUGGACAUUUGCAGGACACUGGAGGAAUUGGGCUUUCAGCUCAGUGUGGCAGUGGCUUGAGACAGUGUUCACAUUGGCCUGGUUGUCAUUUUAGGGCCUUGGCUCAUGCUAGAUUCAGAAGGGCAAGAGUGAAGCUCCCACCUCCAACAGGUUAGUCACCUUGGGCAGUAAUUCUCUGUAGGAGGCUGCCCUGUGCAUUAUGUAAUGAUCGGCAACAUCCCUGCCUUCUACCCACUAGAUGCCACUGGCACCCCACUUACAGUGAUGGUAGCCAAAAAUGUCUCCUACAUUGCCAAAUGUCCCCCGUGGACAAAGUCAUCUCCCUUUUGAGGGCCACUACUUAUGGGAUAGGGUUCAAUUAGGAGACUCUGGGGGAGGAACCUGCAGCUGGAAUGGCCAGCUGUUCAUCCUGUUGCAGUGUCUUGGGACAGGUGAGCUGACUGUGCUCUGCAGCUGUUUUUUUUCUGGUCCCCAUUCUGUAUCAUGAGGUGCUCUCUCUCCCGCAUCACACCGCCUCUCAGGUACUGCAGUAGCGCAGUGUCUCACCCUGUACUUCUUUCACACCCAACAAGCUCCCGAAGCUUCCCACGGCUCCAUCUUUCAAAGAUGAUGCCUUUAGGGACCUUUUAAAUGAUAAAUACCCAGUCCAGGCGUGGUGGCACCUGCCUGUAACCCCAGCAUUUAGGAAGCAGAGGCAAAGAGAUUAUCCCAAGUUCAAAGCUAGCCUGGUAUACAUACCAAGACAAUCUGGGACUAUUCGGUGAAACCUUGUCCCAAGAAAAGGGAUAAAUACACUGAAGCUGUAUAGGAGACUUAGGGUUCCCCAGUCUGAAUGCCAGUGCAGGGUAGAGGCUGCCGUCAUUGGUCUUAGAGGCAGGAAGGUGGUCGACAUGACCCGUCAAGGUCUAUUUGACCUCUUAAAAGUAUAGCCAGCCAGCCACCCCAUGUGCCUAUGAUUUAGCAGUGACACCUCUGAUGGUAUCCGUGCCAUCCAGAGCCUGGAUUAGUGUGGCGUGUCUCCCACUGCCUGUUCUUGAGCAUUGGACAUUAUCAGCUUCUCUGUGGGUCUCUGCGUGUAGAAAGCAGUGUCAGCCUUUGGCUUACAGAAUCAGUUGGGCCAUAACCCUUAUUCAGUGUAAAUCAUGAAAUAAAUGAUAAAGCUUUAUCAUUUAUUAUUAGGUAUCACUUAAAAGUGGGACAGAAACUUGAAUUUAAGACCAAGACUGCUGCUGAGGUUCUGGCUUGGUCUUCAGCAUUCAAGAGACUUAUUGGCCUGAACUCAGCGCAGUGCCAGGCUGAGGACCCAGAGGACCCUAUGCACUCACUGUAGCUAGUGGGACUCAGCAGAAUCCGGUAUCACCUGGGUGACCCCGUCCCUCAAGGAGGUGAGUGGGGGAACCUGUCUCUCUCAUGCCUGAGGACACAGUGCCACCCUGCAAGGCACACAUGCUUGAUAAGAAGUCAUCUCAGAUUUAUCUUAGUCAUGUAACAUUACUUCUUAGAUCUUGAAAUUUAUAAUAAAAAUACUUUUAACUACUCUAAUCACCAAGACCUGAUGUUUUGAAUGUCCUUGAUUUUUUAAAAAAGUAUUUUUAAAAGAAGCUCUCCCCAAAGAGUUGAUCAGGAGAUUUUAUUUUAGUGUGAUUGUGUGUCCUGUCGAUGUGUCCCACCGNGAUGUCCUCUUGUGAGUUUUAGUCCCAUGCAGGGACUGCUAGUUGUGGGCUGUAGCGUGGCUGGAGGUGAUGGGAGCUCCCUCCAAGUUCUCACAGGUGGUGUGGCUGUUUCACAGGCAGGCCUCAGAAGUUGGUGGCUCGCUGGACGUUUUUUAAAGGACUUUUCUUCUAGCGUUAACACUUUUGAACAUUUUGAAGAUUGGCAUUUACACAGCUCAGCUGGCCUUUGUUUUAGGAUAUUUGUGUCUGUGUUCUCCAAGGCAGGAGCAGGGAAGAAGCUAGCAUCUGAGCCGAUUGCUUGGUGCUUUAUUUUACUGCCCCAUGAACACUCGGCCUAACAUGCUUAAGUAUAGUUUUCUGGGGGAUGNCAGACAGGUAAUUUUCCACUGCUUCUCCUCACAUGGACCCUUAACUCAAUUCUUCCUUUACCUCAUUGACCUCUGCUUGGCAGUGGGCUAGAGUAGCCACAGGGUGGUUCUGUCACCACAGCUCCUAGGUUUGCCAUCACUUUAAACAAAAUAAAAAAAUAUAUCCCUGUGUAGCUUAGGCUGGUCUUGAACUUGUAGUCGAGCUCAGGACUGAGCUUACAAGCACGUGUCACCAUGCCUGGUCUUGCUGUUACAUUAAAAUUAGUUCUCAAAUCCUUGCCCAUCUAAGGGACUUGGUAGAAGGAAGCUGUUUGUGCCCUAAAGAUUCAGAAUGCAUUCAACUUGCACCAGAAUUGAGUCACUGUGCCAUCUUCUGUUCUUUGUAAACUAGUGGGAAGUUCUGUAGAGACAGACUGUCCUCUGCAUAUGUGCACCUUGUGCUCGGAACCNAGCUGCAUACCAGGCCAGUGCUCCAUCACUCCUGCUCUUCAACCCUUGGUAGAAUUAAUUGUUCAUUCAAUGAAUGAUUGANGCUCACUUAACCAAAAGCCUGUGAGGUUUUCCUGACAAAACACCUAAAGAAUGCCGACUUCCUUGCUGUACUGAAGUGGCCAGCCUGAGUCCAGAGUGCCUUAGCAGGAGGGACUUGAAUGAGCAUCACUGCCUUCUAGAAGAUGGUCUAUUUCAGGGGCUCUCAACCUGUGGGCCACAACCCCUUUGAGGACUGAAUGACCUUUUCACGGGGAUCAAUUAUCAGAUACCCUGCAUAUCAGAUAUUUAUAUUGCAGUUCAUAAUAGUAGCAAAGUUACAGUUUUGAAGUAGCAACAAAAGUAAUUUUAUGGUCUGUUGUUACCAUACCAUGAGGAACUGUAUUCAAGGGUUGCAUCAUUAGGAAGGUCGAGAACCACUGGUCUGGUUAGCACGCUCAUUUGGGCUGGUUUAUGAAUACCUCACCCAAAGCACCCCUGGUUCCUCUUGCCUGUGUUUCAGUCCCUUCAGAUAUCUUUUGGCUGAGUAGAGUGAAGGUCCUCGGAGCCUGGUCCUUUGAAGGCUGCCACGGUUUGUGAGCGAGCCUCUGUGCUAAGCCCCCAGUUAGAGAACAGUGCCUGUUGUUGCCUUCUGCUCUAAAGGUGAGAUGUGGGCAUUCGACCUCUUAAGAGCUACCUUAUGGACACUACANUGUCUAGGGAAGAAAGACGUUCUCUCUUCCACAUGAACUCUGUGCUCCCUGGUAUGAUGGGCCUUGGCCUCUUGCCUCGCACACACCUGUGAUCUCUUACCAACAGUCUAGCAUUGAGAACCUCCAUUUGUGAGAUGGCUGUGACAAGCUACCCUUUUAAGUGAGGUCUGUGUGGGUUACUACUCCUUAUGCUGAUACUGAUUGAGCACGCAAUGCAUGCUGGAGGCUGGAGGGUUUUCACACCUUACGCCUCCUUCAGGUCCCGUCUAAACAUCCCAGGUUACUGGGUAUAAACCACCGAGAACUGGUUUACCGAGUUGCCUAGCUUAUCAGAGGCAAGGCAGUGAGUGAAAAUUCCCAACUCCAUCCUGGUCUAGUGCUUUGCUUAAGUGACCCUAUGUGUGUGGCAGAGCCCCUGUGAACAGUUGUGUGAAUUUACUGCACACAGCAGCCUAGGUUUAGCCUGAGUUUGUUUCUGUGAAAGUUCCAUGUAGGCUAGGCUAAGUACCCAGUCUGCUGAAUACAGAGACCCAAGGAACAAGCUUGGUAUCGCACCACUGUCCCUUUAGGCACUGGGUGACCCUGUGGUCUGUAGUGUUGUUAAUGUGUUGUCUUCUUGCUGUAAACAAGGUCAGGCCGUCUGACACAGCUGUCAUCACCAAGCAGUGACAUGAAGGCAGCCAGCCACUUGACAUCUUUGUCGGGUUUUUGGUUGUUGUUGCAGUUUUGAUCCCUCUAGUCCUUUCUCCCUGCAAUGGCCAUCGGUCCAGGGUAGGCACAUGGAAGGACGAGCGGACACCUAGAGAUACUAUUUGGACUCCUGACCCUCAGACUCAGCAUUAACGAGGUAGUCUUCCAUCACGCUCAUCUGACAGGAGUGCUUCCUAGUGAAAACUCUUCCAUCACGGAACAGUGCUGUGCCCGUCAGACUCGAGNCUGUGGUCUUACAGUUACCUACUGUAAAAAGCUAUGCGGAGAGCUGGAAGCUCUCCUAGUCGUCGUCACACAAAACCCAACUUGGCUUGCCAUGUCCCUGUGUGCAGCGAGGGUCCUUCCCAUGCUCAUGUUUACACACGCCCCCAUCCCCUCCGAUGUUGUCAGUGUCUCAGGUCAGAACCGUCUCAGGGACACCUGCGAGGCCGAGGCCCAAGUUAGCAGUCGGCUCAGGGGCCUCCGUCAGCACGUCACUCUGGUGCUGCCCUUUGCGGCACGGAAUAAGCUGGUUACUGGAUAGCUUUCGGCAAACAUUUUGAUAUGAAAAGCUGUUCAUUUAUUUAUGUGUGUGUGGCUGCAUGCCACAGUGUGCAUGUGGGAGUCGGAGGACAACUUGUGAAGUUGGUUUGUUCUCUACUUCUGAUACGUGGGUCCCGAUGCUUGAUGGAAGGCACCUUGAUCCAUGGAGUUUUCUUGCCAGUGCCACGUUUUGUCAUUGUGAGAUGACAGGUUUGUGGAUGCCUUCCCCCAGGAAGGUGAGCUACACACCUCCCUUAGUGAGGCCUAAAAGAGUCUGUGUGGUCCUGUAUCCAUGGGCCAUCUGUUGGCCAGCCUUUUUCUCCUGGACCUGUAUUUCCCCUGCUCUGACAACCCGUGUUUUUCUUCCUUGAGACUAAAAGUGCCUCUUUCUCCUAACUCCUCGAUUAAACUCAGUUUGUUAGUGGUUCUGGUAUCUUGUCCCCCAGGUACUGGAAUGGUUAUCCUUAAUAUAGCAGAGUCAGGAGGAUGUAGCUAUCAAUGUUUGCCCGGGGUGCAUGAAAUCCUGGGUUCCAUCCUGGGCAUGGAAUACGUACCUGUAAUCCCAGUANUUGGGUGAAGGCAGGAAGACAAUGUUCAAGGCCAUACUAGGCUCAGAGCUAAAGGCUAGCCCUGGAUACUUGAGAUCCUAUCUUNAAAAAAAACUAAACUAGCAUAAGCAUUUAACCCAGGCAGCGUUCAUUUGCAGUGUGCGCCAUCAGCUGACUGCUGCUGUCUGAUCUGCUCACUCUAUUACUGNGAAUUGUUCCGGCCCCUUUCCCAUCCUGUUGUCUACUUUGUGCCCAAUCUAUUCUUUAUCGGCAAGUGACAAUUCAAGUCUACAAACUGUGCUUUCAGUUAGAAGCAACAUCAUGGGGGGAAGCACCCUGGAGGUGACAAUAAAAUGAGAUUUUAUGAUAA